UCAGAUAAACUUCCAAACAUGUCUGCUAAACGGCUAACUCUGCUUGAUCUGCCUAUAACAGUUGCGAAUCACGUUCUGGAGAAGCUUGAAAUCGAGGAAUUGCUGACCUGCCGAAAAGUUUGUCGAACUUUACGGACCGCUGUUGAUAAACUUGGAGCUCACUUCACCAACCUCAGAGUUUGGUUGCAGAGUAACCGAGUUUCGAUAGAUCUCGACAGAAUUACCAUCACCUACUCUAGUUCAUCUCUUGGUGGAACAUAUGUGAAGUGCGACUAUCGGCGACGGAAAAAGAAAUAUAUAAGAGAUGAUAACUAUUUGAAGAUAGCUUUCAAUGACUUGAAAAUAUUUCAAAAGCAUGCUUCUUGUCUAAUGAUUCAAACCAUUUUGGAAGGAAAAGAUAGAGAAUAUGUUGUCCACUCUCUAGUAGACGUCUUAAAAGAGGAAGAGAAUAUCCACAUGAAAACUAUACGUCUGCAUCAUGACUUAUCAAUUGACGAUAUGUUAUUAAUCCUUCCAUUAUUCAAUAGUCAAACAUUGAGAAGCAUUGAAUUAGGAGGAAUGUUUUCAGAUCACGAGUUUAAAAGAAUAACUCAUUUGGAUCAAUGGAAAAAGGCAAAGCACUUCAAUUUUUGGGAUUCCUGGUUUAAAUUUCAACCAAUCGAACAUUUCUUGCAUUUUGAGGAGUUUACUUUUGAUACUCAAGAUUUUCCAAUACAAAAUGUGAUUAAAAUUCGAGAUGAUCUGCUGCAAAGAUGUACUUUCCAGAAAUGCACAAUUACGUUUCUAAAAAUAAAUUUCACGCCUCUCGAGUUUGCAAGAAUAUUUCAACCGGAUUAUGCUGGUGGCGAUGACUUCACCCUGGAGUAUUCAAACGGGAAAUCCAGAUUUGACAUAUCUUUUGGAGAUUCCGAAUUUUGUGACAUGUGGAUGUUCAAAAUGAAAAGAUGCUAACUAAUUUUGUUUCGUAUUAUUUUCUAUUGUCAUUUUUAUAUAUUCAUCUGUAUGAAAACUCCACAAUGAUUUC